GGGGUCCCGCCGCCCCCCGCCCGCCCCGCGCCGCGCUGGGGCCGCGCCGCCGCCGCCGGUCCAUGGCCUGGAGGCGGCCGCUGGCGCCAUGGACCUGCGCACGGCCGUCUACAAUGCGGCCCGCGACGGGAAGCUGAAGCUGCUGCAGAAGCUGCUGGGCAGCCGCAGCCGGGAGGAACUGGAGGCACUGACGGCGGGGCCCGGCGGCGGGGGAGGCCCCGGGGCCGGCAGCACCCCGCUGCUGAUCGCGGCCCGGCACGGACACCUGGAGGUGGUGGAGUACCUGCUGGAUCACUGCGGGGCCCGCGUGGAGGAGGGCGGCUCCGUCAGCUUCGACGGUGAGACCAUCGAGGGGGCCCCGCCGCUGUGGGCGGCCUCGGCUGCGGGGCACCUGGGCGUGGUGCGGAGCCUGCUGGACCACGGCGCCUCGGUGAACCAGACCACGCUGACCAACUCCACCCCGCUGCGGGCCGCCUGCUUCGAUGGGCACCUGGAGAUCGUGCGGUACCUGGUGGGCGAACGCGGGGCCGACCUGGAGGUGGCCAACCGGCACGGCCACACGUGCUUGAUGAUUUCCUGCUACAAAGGGCACCGGGAGAUCGCCCGGUACUUGCUGGAGAAAGGGGCCGAUGUGAACCGGCGCAGCGUGAAGGGAAACACGGCUUUGCACGACUGUGCUGAGUCGGGCAGCCUGGAGAUCCUGCAGCUCCUGCUCCGCUCCAAGGCGCGCAUGGAGAAGGACGGCUAUGGCAUGACUCCUCUGCUCGCUGCCAGCGUCACCGGCCACACCAACAUCGUGGAGUACCUGAUCCAGGGGGGGCUGCAGCAGGACGAGGCUGCGGGGACCUGCGCCUCAGGUGGGAGCCAUCAGAGGGGCUGCAGUGAAGAGGGCUGUGAGGGCUGCGGCGCUUCAGCUUCCAGUCAGGACGAGGUCCCGAACGUGUUCUGCACUCGAGAGGCUGCCGUGGAAGCGCUGGAGCUGCUGGGUGCCACCUUUGUGGACAAGAAACGAGACCUGCUGGGAGCCCACAAGUACUGGCGCAGGGCGAUGGAGCUGCGCUGCGAGGGUGGGAAGUACCUGCCUAAGCCCGAGCCCCGGCAGCUGGUGCUGGCCUACGACUACUCGCGGGAGGUGAGCUCUCUGGAGGAGCUGGAAGCCCUGAUCACGGACCCCGACGAGAUGCGCAUGCAGGCGCUGCUGAUCCGGGAGCGCAUCCUGGGCCCUUCCCACCCCGACACCUCCUACUACAUCCGGUACCGCGGGGCCGUCUACGCCGACUCCGGCAACUUCGAGCGCUGCAUUAACCUGUGGAAGUACGCCCUGGACAUGCAGCAAGGCAACCUGGAGCCCCUCAGCCCCAUGACUGCCAGCAGUUUCCUUUCCUUUGCCGAGCUUUACUCCUACGUGCUCCAGGACCGUUCCAAAGGCACUUUAGCCACCCACCUGGGCUUCUCCGACCUCAUCGGGGUGCUGAGCAAAGGGGUCCGGGAGGUGGAGAGGGCCCUGGUGCACGGCAAGGACCCCGUGGCCGACUCGGCGCAGUUCACCAAGACGUUGGCCAUCAUCCUGCACCUGGUUUUCCUGCUGGAGAAGGUGGAGUGCACCCCGGAGCAGGAGCACCAGAAACGCCAGACCAUCUACCGCCUGCUCAAGUGCAGCCCCCGCGCCAAGAACGGCUUCACCCUCCUGCACAUGGCCGUGGACAAAGACACCACGACGGUGGGGCGGUACCCCGUGGGCAAAUUCCCGUCUCUGCACGUGGUGAACUUGCUGCUGGAGUGCGGGGCAGACCCGGACAGCCGGGACUAUGACAACAACACCCCCCUGCACGUGGCUGCCCGCAACAACUGCCCGCUGAUCAUGAGCGCCCUGAUGGAGGCCGGGGCGCACAUGGACGCCACCAACGCCUUCAAGCAGACGGCCUACGAGCUGCUGGACGAGAAGCUGCUCACCAAGAGCACCAUGCAGCCCUUCAACUACAUCACCCUCCAGUGCCUUGCUGCUCGUGCCCUGGACAAGCACAAGAUUCCCUACAAGGGAUUCAUCCCCGAGGAGCUGGAAGCCUUCAUUGAGCUGCACUAGGGCGUGACAGCCAGCAGUCCCCAGCCUGUCCCACCCUGCUGAGGUUGUGCAGCUGGAGGGCUUGGGCUGGCUGUGCCAAGGUGCCCAGGGCCGUCGCUGUGCUGAGCUUUGUCCCCAUCUGUCACCACCCAGCUGGCGUGUUGGGGCAGGGGAGGAGGAGGCCUCAGAGCUCAUGGCUGUCCCUCGUUGUCACCUUCAGGUAGCAGCUCUCUCCAGUGCACUCUGUCCACAGAGGCCACAGCCCCUGCCCUUCCCCAUGCCACCAUCGUGUCCUGAGAAGGAAGGAAAUGGAGAUUCCCUGGGACCUGCUGCCUCUCCUGUUAGUGCUGGAUUAACUCAGUGUUCAGCUUUGGAGCAGCUACACAUCCCCCACGUGCUCUGGCCCUUCCCACCCCACACACCCAACAGAUAGAAAAGCCAGGCCCUAUCUAUGCUGCAAGACUUCUCCAAUCCUGUAAGAUAGAGGAAGGUCAGUUCUGGUUAUACAGUUUCAUCCAUAGAUGUUGUAGUUUAUGAAUGGGGAGGAAAAAACUACUUUGAGAACAAGAUCCUGAUGUGGUGUUUAGGCCCUUGGCUUGUCCAUUCCACACCCAUUUGCUCCAUUCCCAGCAUGUACGUGCUUUGGCUCCAGAGGGCAGCAGGGAUUGAGCUGGAAGGGUGAAUGUGGACGAUUUGGCAGCCAAAACAGCACAUUUUGAACUAUUUUCAAAGCUGAGCUCUUGCAAGCCCUUUAGGCCAGGAGGUACCUGCAGUGUGGAGGUGCUUGGAGGGGGUUAUGAAAGCAAGUGAGUGUCUGUGGUGGGUUUGCACCAGGGUGGGCUGAAGGAAGAAGCAAGAAAUGAAAGUUUAAGGUGCCUGCUUGUCCUUCUGAGGUUUUAGUAUCAUGUGCUUGGGCUCUGUUAUUGCCCCAUUCUGAAAGCUCAUGCAGUGGGUUCUUAGCAGCUGGUUUGGGCUUUGAGUCUUCUUUUUCUUUUUUUUUUUUUUUUUUUUUCUUUUUUUUUUUUUUUUUUUUUUUUUUUGGUAACUUCACUGAGGAUGGUGCUACUUCCAAGGUGGAAUUUGAAAUCUCACCUGGCUGCUGUUGGGGCAAGCUCCUUCCUUUGAUGAGGAUCUGCACACACCUUGUUUUUAACUCUGUAGUCUCAGGGCAAGUUUUUGCCUCUAUGAGCAGACCCCCUCCGUGGUGGAAAACAAAGAGUUUCCAGCAGUUUGUCCUUGUGCAGGCAGCGAUGGGCAGCCUGUGGCUCCUUCCCUGGCCCUGAGCAGGGUGGGAAGCACAGCUGAGGGGGGAAAGCAGCUGCCUGGAGCUCUGGGAAAGGUCCACCUGGGAGAGCAGACCCCUGGCCCCACCCUCGCUCUCUGUGCUACUGAAGCUUCUCUACUUGUAUUUAUCAGCCUCAAUAACCAUGCUCUCUGCCCCUUCAAGGUAUUGUAGCUCUGCCAGUACAUUUUGCAGUGUUAACUAUAACAUUUAUUUAUAAAGCGAGGAGGUUUAACUUGAAUUGAGCUGUAAAGUGCAGAGUUAGUUUAGCUGCCUUCUAUUUUUUUUUUUCCUUUUGGCUGAAACCUGAACUAAACUGCAGGAAUGGGAUUUGUUCCUUUGUGAGCUGAUGAGCGCUCUUAACUUUAAAUAAUAAAACGAAAAAUGGCUGCUAGAA